AUGGCUGCAAGUGGCCGAGAUCUCAGCAGAGCUGUGGGCGCCGCUCUCUGCCCUGUCUGGAGACAAGUUCAGUCAGAAGCAAGGGGACGCCUGAAGCCUGAGUACGAUGCUGUGGUCAUAGGAGCAGGACACAACGGGCUGGUGGCAGCAGCAUACCUGCAGAGACUGGGCAUGAACACAGUGGUCUUCGAGAGGCGCCAUGUGAUCGGGGGUGCAGCUGUCACUGAGGAGAUUGUCCCAGGGUUUAAAUUCUCCCGAGCAUCCUACCUUCUCAGCCUGCUGAGGCCGCAGAUUUACACCGACCUGGAGCUAAAGAAACAUGGGCUGAGGCUUUAUCUUCGAAACCCCCACUCCUUCACCCCCAUACUGGAAGAGCGCGCAGGGGGCAAGGUGCCCAGGUCCCUUCUGCUGGGCACAGACAUGGUGGAAAACCAGAAGCAGAUCGCCCAGUUCUCACAGAAGGAUGCCCAGGCUUUUCCCAGAUAUGAGAAGUUCAUGAGCCGCCUGGUGUUAGCCAUUGAACCUCUGCUGGAUGCAGCCCCAGUGGACGUGGUGGCCUUCUGGCGUGGCUCCCUGCUGCAAAAGCUCAAGGCGCUGUCCACCCUCAGACCCCUGCUGAAGGCAGGCUACAUCCUGGGAGCCCAGCUGCCCCAGUAUUACCAGGUCCUCACAGCUCCGAUUACCAAGGUAUUGGAUCAGUGGUUUGAGUCUGAGCCUCUAAAAGCCACUCUAGCAACAGACGCUGUGAUUGGAGCCAUGACAAGUCCCUAUACUCCGGGGAGUGGGUAUGUGCUGCUGCAUCAUGUGAUGGGGAGCCUGGAGGGGAUGCAGGGGGCCUGGGGCUACGUCCAGGGUGGCAUGGGUGCCCUGUCUGAUGCCAUCGCAAGUUCAGCCACUGCUCAUGGAGCAAGUAUCUUCACUGACAAGACAGUGGUGAAGGUGCAGGUGAACAGCGAAGGCCGUGUUCAAGGAGUCGUGCUCCAAGAUGGCACGGAGGUGAGGAGCAAAGUGGUGCUAUCCAACGCUGCGCCGCAGGCCACCUUCCUGGAGCUGGUGCCACAGAAGUGGCUUCCUGAGGAGUUCGUGGAGAGAAUCUCUCAGGUGGACACCCAGUCUCCUGUUACCAAGAUCAACGUGGCUGUAGACAGGCUGCCCAACUUCCUGGCAAUCCCCAAUGCUCCUGGGGGCCAGCCACUGCCCCACCACCAGUGCUCCAUCCACCUGAACUGUGAAGACACCCUCCUCCUCCACCAGGCCUUCGAAGACGCCAGGCAUGGUCUGCCGUCCCAGCGGCCCAUGAUUGAGCUCUGUAUUCCUUCCUCGCUGGACCCCACCCUGGCUCCCCCCGGCUGCCACGUUGUCUCCCUCUUCACCCAGUACACACCCUACAUGCUGGGUGGAGGCAAGGUCUGGGACGAGCAGGAGAGAAACGCUUAUGCAGACAAAGUGUUUGGCUGCAUCGAGGCCUAUGCUCCUGGCUUCAAGGGCUCUGUGGUGGGCAGAGACAUCCUCACACCACCUGAUCUGGAGAGAAUCUUUGGGCUUCCUGGAGGGAACAUAUUCCACGGUGCCAUGUCCCUGGACCAGCUCUUCUUCGCCCGCCCCGUGCCCCUGCACUCCAGCUACCGCUGCCCACUCCAGGGCCUGUAUCUCUGUGGAAGUGGGGCCCAUCCUGGAGGAGGUGUCAUGGGAGCCGCUGGACGAAAUGCGGCCCACGUGGUCUUUCAGGACCUCAAGAUACGGACCACUUCCUCUGAGACACAGUCCUAUAAAAACCUGAAGUUCCAUGGAAACCUCACCUGGUUAAGUCAUUAUGGCAUGAAGAAGAGCCUCUGCUCUGCUGGCCCCUGGGCGGUGGUGUCCAGAGUCUCAGUGAGGUGUGAGGUUUGCAGCUCUGGGAGGAAGCCACUGGCCUGGACGGAGGAGUGCACUGCAGGCCUCAUGAGUGUGCGUCCUCCUGACACAUGUCUGGCUGGCAGAGCAGUUGACAGCCGCCAAGUUCUUCUGUGGGACAUUGAUACUACCCCUGUGAGGAUUUCUGACAUGGUGCAGGCCUCAGAGGUCCUUCGUGGAGGCACGGGGUCCUCAGUCAUCUCAAGUUCCCGUAACAACACAGACGGGAAAGGAAAUAUGCAGAUUUUCAGUGUUUCAGCAGCUCAACAGAAACCCAGCAUCCUUGUGUGUUCCAUUGCUGAAAAAUUCAUCGCGCUCUACACUUAG